AUGGAACUCAUAGAAGUCUGUCCGAGCAUUGCAUACAUAUGCCUUGGCGGCUUUGUUGUUGCAUUUUCUAUGUUCUCGCUCUUGGCAAAGGAAAAAAUCUAUGUAAAUGAAGUCGUCCUCGGGACUUUCUUUGGGAUUCUUAUGGGCCCUCACUUCGCCGGCAUCUUCGACCCCAGGGCCUGGGGCCCUCAUUCAGACGCCAUAACGCUUGAAAUUAUGCGCAUCGUACUCGCUACCGGCCUCUUUGCAAUUGGGGUCGAGUUACCCAAAUCUUACAUGGCGAAACAUGCGAAAAGUCUCCUUUACAUGAUUUUGCCCACGAUGGCUAUCGGAUGGGUUAUUGUUGCAGCAAUUAUGAAAGCUAUUUUUCCACAGCUCAGUUACCUGUCAUGCUUAGCUAUAUCUGCCUGCUUGACCCCAACUGACCCUAUUAUCUGUGCUGCUAUUGUUGGUGGAAAGUUUGCUAGAAAGCAUGUCCCAAUAAAUCUUCGGCAACUGCUUUCAGCCGAGUCAGCAGCAAAUGAUGGGCUUGCAUACCCAUUUCUGACAUUAACGCUUUACCUGACGUUGGAUACAACCUCAGGAGCAGCUAUGACGCAUUGGAUUCUCAUUGGGUGGCUUUAUCAAGUGUUCCUUGGUGUCGUGACGGGGGCUAUUCUCGGAUUAAUGUUUUCUCAUCUUAUGAAAUUCUCGCAUCGUCGUGGAUACAUCGAUAGGGAGUCAUACGUUGCUCAAUACCUUGCUCUGUCCGUCUUUAUUACAGGGAUUGUUAGUACCAUAGGGAGCGACGACCUUCUCGCUGCCUUUGCCGCAGUGCAAUUUCCUGGGAUGGUGACUUCAAUGUCCACACAGAGGGAGAAGUCUUUGCUUCGGUUAUUGAUCUAG